GAGAUAAUGGCCUCUGGCUCCUCAAUCUCUCGGCUGUAAUGUGUUUCUGACGCCAGCGAGCGCCUGCAGCCCCCUGGGAGGUACAGGGACGACAUCAUGAUGGAGUGUCAGCAGAACGAAACGGGAGAAGCCACCCAGAAAGCGAUGACCUCUGACCUUGUGGUAAUGCCAGCCUCCAGGCGUGCUGACUUCACAGAAGCAGAUGCACACAGCUCUUUCUGUUCUGCUCCUCAGCUGCCGUGGGGAGAGAAGCUGAAGGACAGGGAGAGAGGAGACCAAACCCUCCGGGCCUGAUCUGGACUCCGCUGUCAGCUCCAGUGGACAGCUGCUGCCCAGGCGAACCUGAUGUUCAUGAAUCCCGCCACGAGGAGGCGCACUAACACAGAGCACGCUUUCAAUGACACAAGACUGUGAAGCAGCAGAUCUUGGCCGCCAUGAGCAAACUACUAACGCCAGAGUCCAGCUGGUGCCGAACAGCCCCCCAGCUGCACGCUUUUCGAGUGGGCCAUGAAAUGUGGCUUGUUCUUAUUUAAUCCCUGUGUGUAUGAAGGCCGCAUGCCUACCGCCAGCACACGUGAGCCAAGCAGUCCCUAGACAGAGGGCAAGUCCUCCUUAACACACCCAGCUAGGGCAGCGGUCAGCCAUUAGUAUCCCUCAACCAGCCUAAUCGCACCAGUGGGCAUCCUGGCAUCCGCUGCUUCUCUGGCCAUUGUUCCUGUUCAACUGCUGCCAGAGCCUGCACUGCUGAGUGUUACUUCUCAGAUAAACAGGACGGAGAGCCUGCCCUCUACUGGCAGCAGAGGGAGGAGGGGCCUGAAGUGUGUAUGUGUGUGUGUGUGUGUGUGGCUCAGGAGGGAGGAGUCACUCACCUGUGAAUCUACACCUGGCUGCCAGAGAGAACGAGAAGGACAGCCAAGCCGGAGAAGAGACAGAAGAGAAGAGAUAGACAGAAACGCACUCAAAUCCAAAGAAAAAAGAGGGUCCUAUAGGGCGAUGACCUCACCUGCUGGACUCAUCUGGACAGAGAACUGAACCUAAAGAUAGUGACCCCUCUAACGCAGAUAACAACCGCCUCAACGGACGUACAUUCACCUGCACAGAGCUAACAAAGUCUGUUUUCAUCUAAAUGGCGACCGCAGAACCUGCACCAGCCUGGUGGAAACUGACCUUCCUGCGUAAGAAGAAAUCAGAGCCGAAAGUGUUGUAUGAAAUCCCUGGAGACCACAGCAGCAACGCAGGGGAGACACCCGGGACACCCGAAGCAGCCUCGGACAGCCAGUUUAACGCCCGCUUGGAACGCAUUGUGGACAAAACAGCGACAAAGGGACGCCAUGUGAAAGUCUCGCAUUCGGGCCGGUUUAAAGAGAAGAAGAGAAUCCGCUCUACGCUAGCAGAAAACCCUGACCUGUUCCCUGAGGCAGAAAUGACAACUAAUGAGAAUAAUAAAAGUGGAAAAUAGAGUUGCUGUGUAAACAUAGAGUCACUGUGCGUGAAGCAGCUCAAGAGGGCCUCGGUCUAUGCAGCACUCUUCCAUUGAUGUCCUCUGCAGUUUACAAUCACCUGAGGCUGAGCCUGAGGCAAGAAACGGACCGCUGAAUUAGUGACUGAUCUAUACUAAUGUUUAGGAACAAAGACAGGCACAAACCCAAAGAUCAGGUUUCUUCACAGAUGCGCACGGCAGGACUGUAUUGUGGGCGUCUGAUGAAAGGCUGACAGUUAGCAAAUGUUUAGCCAAGAGAAAUCCACUGAGAGAGAAACAAAUCAAUCAUAUAUCAGCACAAGAUAUCAGUAAUGUUGAUUGUUCUAGUUACAAUUUCUAACUACAAUUGCAGCUACAGCACUUUUGAUUCAAUAGGAAUAUUACCAGCAAUAAUAUGCUAUUAUAUUAAAAGAUCAUAUAAAGACGUUUAUUACAAAAUUCUAAUAUAUUGUAAUUAUAUAAAAUAUUGUUGUUAUUAUCAUUAUUUAAAAAAAAAAAAAAAAAAAUAGAAGUGUCUUAAUGUCACAUAGCUUUCAACCACCAACUAGACCAAAAUAUCUGUUUUAAAUAAAUGUGCCUGCGUAGCUUUGAUCUUGGUUGAUAUUUUGUGUACAUAGUUUAUCAAAUUUAAUCUGAACAUGGUGGGGCGCUUUUCCAUUUUAAUUAUUGUGGUUUUUAUGUUGAAAGAAAUUGUUGAAUAUUUGCACACUGCCUAACUGUUUGCUUAGCUGGGGUUUCAAACUGAAUUUUGUACAAACAUAGGCCUACGUGUUGUUUUAAAUAUUCAUCUCUAGAAAAUAAAUGAAUGCAUUCAAA